AUGGCAUUCCAUCAGGAUGACCACAUUUCGGGGCCGAGCAAGUCGUUCGAGAUCCUCACCAAGGCGGAGGCUGUCAAAGUCACGGAUGAAGGCGUUGUUCUAAUCCCCCGUCCAAGUGACGAUGCAGAGGACCCCUUGAACUGGUCCUUCUCCAGGAAAUCUCUGAAUCUGGCAAUUCUCUUCCUGGGCCUCUUCGUCGGCUUCGCGGCCCCGUUCUGCGGGCAGCUCAACCUCACACAGCAGGCGGCCCUCUACCACAAGGCCACCGUCCAAAUCACAUACUUCAACUCGGCGGCGUCAGCAGGCCUGGCCACCGGCGGAUUCAUCUGGUGGCCCCUCAGCCACAAGUUCGGGCGCACCUCGGUCAUCUUCUGGUCCCUGUUCGGGCAGCUGGGCUGCCAGAUAUGGGCGCCGCUGAUGACGGGGCCCGACGACUACGUGCCCUACCUCGUCUCCCGCUACUUCUCCGGCUUUUUCGGCAUCGUCGUCAGCGUCCUCGGCCCGCGGUACCUGGUCGACAUGUACUUCCUCCACCAGAGAGGCAGGGCCUUCACGUUCCUCCACCUGGCGUUGAACUUUGGCGCUUCCUUCGGCCCGACUGUCUCGGGAUUUGUGGCUGGCAGGAGCUACUGGCCCGUCGAGUACUGGUGGUCCGUGGCGCUGUGCGCCUUCACGAUAAUCGCGGUGUUCCUGUUCCUCGAGGAGACGACGUACGACCGCACGCCGGGUGCUGUCAACCGCAUCAAGCCCAAUUCCUGGCUCAAAGAUCGCUAUGAGACGUUCUUCUUCGGGUCUAAAGUGGGUGCUGGUGUUUCCUGGGGUGACAUGGGCAGAGUGUUUCUCCAGCCAUUCAAGAUAAUGUUCGCCCCAGUCAUUCUGAUCAUCGCUGGUUUCGACACCAUAGCCUUCGGCUUCUACGUCGCCCUCAACGCCCUUACACCAGUCUGGCUUCAGAUGCCGCUCAAGGCCGGAGGCCUCUACGGCUUCACCGUCACAGAGAAUGCUGCGUUCACAUUUGUCCACUGGGCCGGCUUCAUGAUAGGCCUCGUCUACGGUCACUUCUUCAGCGACCGUAUCCCUCUGUGGCUCGCGGCACGCAACAACGGGAUCUGGAAGCCCGAGUAUCGUCUCCACGCCUUGUGGCCUACCAACUUCGUCCUGAUGCCUCUUGGCCUGGGCCUGGUCGGCGCGGCUAUGCAGUUCCGGCUUCACUGGGGAGUCAUGGCCGUUGCACAACUCUUCGUGACCAUUGGCUCGCUCGUCAGCAUCCCCACCACGGUCAACUACAUCUGUGAGUGCUUCCGUACGAACACGGUUGAGGCGACUUUGUUGCUCAAUUCAAUGCGCUUGUUCAUGGGCUUGUCUAUCAACUUCUACAUCCAGCCUUGGAUCGCGGCUGUGGGGAUUGGUUGGGUCUAUGGCCAACAGGCGUUUUUCACCCUGUUUGCGUUUUGCUUCCUGAUUGUCCUGAUGGUUUGGGGCCGUCAAAUCCGUCAGCUGUCCCCCUUCAGCACUUCGAAGUCUGAGGAGGGCCAGCACAUCCUUGACAAGGGGCUCGAGGAACACGGCUUAUAG